AUGGAGACUAUUCCGGACCCCAAACAUCUCCCACCAGACCCACGCCUUCCGGGUCAACAGCCUCGAUAUUCUCGCGACAACACCAUCGCCUCUCUUGCGACUUUCUACAAGAGCCUGCCGCACAUCGACCCCUCUCUAGUUCGCCGCGCGCCGUCGGGGGGUUGGCCAGAAAUCACCCCUGAGUCGCUCGCGGCCUCUGGAAUGAGACAUCUGAACGAGCGAGUGGUAGACUUAAUCAAGCAUCUACCCUACAUUGAUGGCAACCCCCUUUGGGUCACUCCGGAAACUUUCCCCAUCAACUACCUUGCCGCCGUGUCUUUGAUACCAGCCGUUGGAGUGUUCAAGCCCAAAUGGCUGCAUGCUCUGUCCCACGACCUUCAGUCGUUUGAAGGCUUUCCAGCUUGGGUGAUUCCCCUCACUAUGAGUGUCAACAGGGACGGCGACAUAUGGAUACUGGACACGAUGGAUGGCACAGUGACGAAGUACAUCAUCACGGGCGCUGUUUACCCCGAACCAGCGGGGAGAUAUGAAAAGGGCGACCCUAGGAUGUGGAGGGAGACAUUGUGCGAUGAUAUCACUCUUCCACUGGAGACGUGGCUAGAAGGAAUCAUCGACAAGUACAAGACAUUUCAGUACUUUGGCCUUCCCCGUCAUGACCACCCAGGUGUCCUGUCGCAAGGCCACUGGGUUGAAGAAACAAAAGCACUCCAAGAGAUCAUGGUCCAAAACGGGUGGCCGGAAGACUACGAGGGCGAAGAGGGCCGCAGGAAACUAGCGGAAUGGUUGAAGAAGGCAGGCAUCUAG